CUCCCCCUGAUUCUUCAUUUUCUCAUUGAAACACGAAAAGAAAAAGAAUAAAGUUAAAAAAAAAAUUCUUUAUUUUCUCAAGUAAAAUCUUCAUAGAUAUGGCGGCUUCGGUCGAUAAUCGCCAGUUCAGGGGGCUUGAACCGGCUUUGGGCGGCGGUUUCAUCCCCUUGAAGCCCGGUCCAACGCCAACCCCAACCCACCACCGUCAUGUCAAACAUGUUUAUGUCGAUCGUGAUGAUAAUGAUUAUGAUUCAUCCAGCGAUGAUGGAGAUGACGAGAUCGACGAUUAUGAAGCCAUGAUUGUUAAAUCCAACAACGAGGUCGAGCCGUCGAUCUUGGACGCUCGAGACGAAGCCACAGCCGAUAACUGGAUCGAGCGGAACACUUCCUUGGUCCGUCUCACGGGGAAACACCCUUUCAACAGUGAACCACCCUUGAACCGCCUCAUGCACCAUGGUUUCAUCACCCCGGUUCCCCUCCACUACGUCCGUAACCACGGCGCCGUCCCCAAAGCUUCGUGGGAUGACUGGACCGUCGAAAUAACCGGUUUAGUCAGACGGCCGAUGAAGUUAACCAUGGACCAGCUCGUAAACGAGUUCCAAAUUCGUGAAUUUCCGGUCACCUUGGUUUGCGCCGGGAACCGACGUAAAGAACAGAACAUGGCGAAACCAACGCUGGGUUUCAACUGGGGAGCUUCGGCGAUUUCCACUUCCAUGUGGAGAGGCGUGCCGUUGUGUGACGUGCUCAAACGAUGUGGGAUCUUCAGCAAGAAACGUGGUGCCCUCAAUGUGUGUUUCGAAGGUGCCGAGCAGUUGCCCGGCGGUGGCGGAUCUAAGUACGGAACCAGCAUUAAAAAGGAGUUCGCCAUGGACCCGUCUCGUGAUAUUAUCUUAGCUUACAUGCAAAACGGCGAGCGAUUAACCCCGGACCACGGGUUCCCGGUUCGAAUGAUCAUACCAGGGUUCAUCGGCGGGAGAAUGGUGAAAUGGUUGAAACGAAUCAUCGUCACGACGAAAGAAUCUGAAAAUUAUUAUCAUCAUAGAGAUAAUAAGGUCCUUCCUUCUCAUGUUGAUUCAGAGCUAGCCAACGCUGAAGCUUGGUGGUAUAAGCCGGAAUACGUUAUCAAUGAGUUAAACAUCAACUCGGUGAUAACGACGCCUUGUCAUGAAGAGAUCUUGCCAAUCAACUCGUGGACGACUCAGAGACCGUAUACUCUAAGAGGCUAUGCAUAUUCGGGUGGUGGGAAGAAGGUGACACGUGUGGAGGUAACAAUGGACGGCGGUGAAUCCUGGCACGUAUGCACGUUAGAUCACCCCGAGAAGGGAAACAAAUACGGCAAAUACUGGUGCUGGUGCUUUUGGUCACUGGAAGUCGAAGUGCUUGAUCUUUUGGGAGCCAAAGAGAUAGCGGUUCGUGCCUGGGACGAGACCUUUAACACCCAGCCCGAGAAGCUCAUUUGGAAUGUUAUGGGAAUGAUGAACAACUGUUGGUUUCGAGUGAAAACAAACGUAUGCAAACCUCACAAAGGUGAAAUCGGAAUUGUUUUCGAGCACCCAACUUUGCCCGGAAACCAGUCCGGUGGAUGGAUGGCUAAAGAACGACACCUCGGAAUCGCCGAUGCGAACUCAACUUUGAAGAAGAGUUCAUCGUCUCCUUUCAUGAACACUGCCUCUAAAACAUUUUCGAUGUCCGAGAUCAAGAAACAUAACUCAGUUGAUUCAGCUUGGAUCGUCGUGCAUGGUAAUAUCUAUGAUUGCACUAGUUUCCUCAAGGAUCACCCCGGUGGAACUGACAGUAUUUUAAUCAACGCCGGAACCGACUGCACCGAAGAGUUCGACGCUAUUCACUCCGACAAAGCCAAGACUUUGCUCGAGAGUUACCGAAUCGGUGAAUUGACCACAUCGAGUUACAUUUCCGACUCGUCGGCAUCCUCGCCUAAUAGUUCUAUGCAUGGGGCGUCGAACCUGCCCCCUUUAGCUCCUAUUAAAGAAGUUGCGCCAGCAAGACCGGUAGCAUUGGUACCACGUGGGAAAAUCUCAUGCAAACUCGUCGAAAAAACAUCUAUCUCUCACGACGUUCGUCGGUUCCGAUUCGCUUUGCCGUCGGAACAUCAAUUGCUCGGAUUGCCCGUAGGGAAACACAUAUUUCUAUGUGCCGUGAUUGAUGACAAGCUUUGCAUGAGAGCCUAUACCCCAACAAGCACCAUUGACGAAGUUGGCUACUUUGAUCUAGUGGUCAAGGUUUAUUUCAAAGGGGUGCACCCGAAAUUCCCUAAUGGUGGGCUUAUGUCACAAUAUUUGGACUCUCUCCCACUCGGUUCAUCACUAGAAGUGAAGGGUCCUUUGGGUCACAUUGAAUACACCGGUCGAGGUAACUUUUUGGUUCAUGGCAAAACCAAGUUUGCCAAGAAACUAGCAAUGUUAGCCGGCGGAACAGGGAUCACUCCGAUCUACCAAGUCAUCCAAGCUAUUCUAAAGGACCCCAAGGAUGAGACGGAGAUGUGCGUCGUGUACGCGAACCGAACCGAAGAUGACAUAUUACUAAAAGACGAGCUCGAUGGUUGGGCGAAGAAGCAUGACCGGUUGAAAGUAUGGUACGUAGUGCAAGAAUCAGUAAGGGAAGGAUGGGAAUAUAGCUUGGGUUUCGUCACGGAAAAUAUUCUCAGGGAUCACAUACCGGAGGGCUCCGAAGACACUCUGGCAUUGGCUUGCGGGCCGCCACCGAUGAUUCAAUUCGCCGUGCAACCUAACUUGGAGAAGAUGAACUAUGACGUCAAGGAUUCUUUGUUAAUAUUUUAGUAGAAAGUCAUAGAUCGAUGUUUAAUGUUCUUUUAGUCGCUGUUCUUUGUCGUAUUCUUAUUAAAAUUUUCCCAUCUGAUAGCAAAGUUGCUGGGAAAAUGAUGUAUAUAGAGAAA